UUCACCCUUCAAGGACUUCGUUUGGCGGAACAAAAAUGUCAGGAGUAUCGAAAGAUCAUUUCUUCCUUAUCGUCCAAGGUGCCAGGCAGGACAAAUGACUACAAAACACCUCCAAGCGGACUACCGGCACGGGACGGUGAAUUCCCUCAUCAGGUGCGCGUCGGUCAAUGGUUCUACGAAGAUGAAGACGAUACGGCCUUCAUUUUGCGUUGCAGUGGUGCUCUUAUAAGUGAUCGCUUUGUACUCGUAUCGGGUCACUGCUUCUGGACGAUGGGUGAUAAAACGGUAUCUCUCGGACGACAUGACUACACGCGUAACUCUUCCCUUCCAGAGCUGUUGGUCGAACGUGACGAUCUCAUUCUGCAUCCCUCGUUUGACGAACUGACGAAGUCAUCCUACAACGAUAUUGGAUUACUUCGUCUUAACGAACCGGUCACCUUUACCUCGCACAUCUAUCCUGCCUGUCUGUGGACGGAGGACGAUACGCAACUACCGGAAAAGUUUACUACAACGGGGUUCACGACGGGCAAGUUGGUGAACGACACUCAGGAUACACGAUUGGUUAAGGUGCAGAUGAACAGUGUGCCGAAUGAGCAGUGCACGCGAGAGUACGCUGGAAGUGACUACUAUCCGCAGGGAGUCACUGACGCAUUGCUCUGUCUAGAGUCUCAAGUAGAGUGGAAAGCGUCAUGCGAUGGAGACGGUGGUGGUCUAGUGCAAACGCUUGACGCUGAGUCCGGUGAUGUGUAUCGGCUUAUCGGUAUAGAAGCCAAGGGUCACGAGUGUGACGAGUCGCAUCAGAAGUACACUUACACCAAGGUCCAGAAGCAUCUGGAUUGGAUCGAGAGCGUCGUUUGGAGUUCGUAA